UCCUUUUGCAGGUGUUAAAAUUCAUUUAAUAACGAAGCUGGUAAAUUAUUUGACUGACUCUUAGGAAAGCUGUGAUGUCUUCUUGUGAAGAUCUUUGCUAUCGAAAGUGUCCUCUAGCUGGGAUAUCUCGAAUUAAACUGAGACUUGCUGGUGUGUUUAGGUGGUAAGGCAUGUUGGAGGUUUUUUCGAACAAAUUCCAUUAGACCCAAUAAUAAGAACAAUGUUGCGUCUGCAUUUGUUUUGGAACUCCCAUUGUUCUGUUAACCCAAAUAUUAAUAUAACUGUGUAGUCAGCAUGCGGCUUGACAUUUCGUAUCAACUACAAUACAAUGAAUAGUGUGUGUUUCACGUUAUCGACAAAACCAUUGCAGGUGUCAAAUAUUGGCGUUACUUGAUAACGGGUUUGGACAUUGUGGUUUAUUACAGUAUCAGUUUUUAGUGAGAGUAUUUUUUGUCUCAUCCUAAUGUAUAUACGUGUUAUUUAAAAUUUCUGUGACUUCUGAAGAAGCAUAAAUUGCUGCACUGACAUCGUUGUGAAGCUGUGAACGAUUAAAGAUUGCCAGUUUUGUUAGCCAAGUGUAAAUGAGAGAAGUUAUCGUUUUUAGAAGCUUUUAUUGCCAUAAAACGUGAGUCACCCUUCAUACAAACUUUUGAAAUUUGUCAUAAUCAGGUGUAAUCAUGCAGCACCAUGAAUGACUUUGAUUAUGAUCUGUUUGAAGACAUGGAGGAUAUGUCUCCCAUGUAUGAUGAUGCAUACAUGCCUGGUGCAAACUUGUGGAAUGAAGAAGAAGACGUGGAUGAGGGUAUGAAGAUUACUGAGCUCCUGGAACUUUGCAUUGAGCCCACAGUUCGAGAUGGGUUCAGUCACGUGGGAAAACUGCUUCUGUGGUGUUUUCUCUUCCGGGCCUCAACUCAGAUAGUUACCAUCCCUACAUUGGUGUGCCACAUCCUUUCUUCUGGUACAGGGUUGCUACUGCUACAUCAUUUUUUCCGGUCCACUAUGUACUACAUUGUAGGGUUUACUGUUGGGGCAUACUUGUGUCUGUUCCUAGUUUCCCGCCUCUUGAAAAAACACAGAGGCCCUAUCGUAGGAAUGGCUUCAGUUGCAUUUCUCAUUGUAUGUGAAUUGUGUUUCGUGAACAGAACAGAAUGGCACAAAAUUCGUGGUGCUCAGAUGCUGGUAGCGAUGAAGGUGAUAUCAGUAGCUUUUGAUACUGAUUUUGGGGCUCUCCAGUGUCUUCCUUCUCCUGCUGAGUUUACAGGCUAUGUUCUGUGUGUUGGUACAUGUGUCUUUGGUCCAUGGGUCCCAUACAGGGACUACAUAUCCAUCUUCAAUAAACCCCUUUGGAACACAAGAUGGCUGUGGAGGAUCUGUACAACUGUUUUACUGGCAUUUAUUUUCCUAACUGUGUCAACAUGUUGGAUACACUGGCUAAUACCAGAUGGAGCAUGGAGGUGGUGGAUAGCAUAUCGGGAUGCUCUGUCGUUUCGAUCGAGCCAUUACUUUAUAUGCUUCUUGUCAGAAGCGUCAGCCAUCAUGUCAGGGUUUGGACACCAUGAAGAUGAACCAUGGAGUCUGUCUGUUGCACGACCCCAGUUUAUAGAGAUUCCACGUUCUUUGGUCCAAGUUGUUGUCUACUGGAAUGUGCCCAUGCACAAUUGGCUCAAGAAUUAUGUGUUCCGAACAACAAAGCCUCUGGGCAGCUUUGCAGCCAUUCUGUCCACAUAUGCUGUGAGCUCCCUGCUUCAUGGACUGAACUUUCAACUGGUAGCCGUUUUACUGUCACUAGGAGCAUAUACAUAUGUGGAGUAUGUGUUACGCCAGAAGCUUGCUACAGUAUUUGGUGCCUGCAUUCAGGUACGUCCUUGCAGGAGGGACUGUUCCCAUCGCAAUAAAGAGAAACGCUUGACUGUCGUGCUUGGCAACAUGGGGCUUGGUCUUGUUGCAAUGUUCCAUCUGUCGUACCUAGGUGUUAUGUUCGACAUGUCCUCAAAACUUCAAGAAGAGGGAUACAACUAUGCCCACACCUUGGCAAAGUGGUCAGUUCUUGGUUAUGCUAGUCAUUGGAUAGCUUUAGGCACGUACAUAUUUUAUCUACUUGUGUAAUAUACAUGUCUUAGGUUGUUUUGUUUCUCAACCUCACAUGAUUAUAGAACUGGUAAAUGUAAGGUUAGUUAAUUGACUUGUUGAAGAAGUUGGACUCCGCUGUCCUGUUGUACAAUAUGUACACAGGUUACAAAUUUAGACCAUAUCAUGUUUGUGAGUGACUUAAAAAUAUUGGAAGCUCUGAAAUGUCAUUGUAACAACUGCCAGACCACAAAACACUGGCCACCAUAUUUCAUGUUCUUUUAUUAUUUGUUCAUUGUAUUUACUUUGGAGUAGGGCAGAUGAUGCCUCAUCUUAUUAAGCUACAAAAAAUGGUUCCUUCCAUAAAAUCAAAUUCCAAGUUAAGAUUCAUGCAAAUGUUAUUACAUGCAGUAUCAUACUUAUUCAGAUCCAGAUAUUUGACUGACUUAUGCCUGCCACUUUAAGAUAUAGCUUUCAUUUCUGUACAAAUGGCAGUUGACACAGCAUGGUUUUACACAGGAUAUUUGAAAGUCAAGUCCACGUGAGGUAGCAUUUUCUGUCUGUAUACUGGGACCAUUUCUUUUGUAUUCUAGUUACUCCUCUAUUUAUAGGCAGUUUUAUCAACUUCAAAUUUUGACAUACAGAAACUAAAAUAGGUGCAAGACAUGUUCAUUUAAAUUUCCAUCACAUCAUGCAAGUAGGUUUAGAUUUAUGACAUUAAAUUUUAAUGUACUUACACAAGAUCUUGUCUGGAAAAACACUUUUCAUGAUAUUCCUUCUCUCUUCAGGUAUAUGACAGUAAUUUACUUCAAAAUAGGCCUCUGCAGUUUAUGCAUUACUGUUAAGUAAGCUGUUUUAAAUUAAAUAUGUGCCAUAAUUACAUUAUCUUUAGAUUGCAUACAUUUUGAAGAAGCUAAUUUUUGAGACUCACAUUCAUGAAUUUUGUACCAUGCUAGAUGAACUAUCUUUAUUCUAGAUUAGAUGAAAUAUGGUAAACCAAUUCCAGUAUUACUUUUAAGUUGGAAUAGAAUUAAGGUACAUUUUAUGUGCAUUCAUCAUUAUUUUUUAUUUUUAUUUCUCAUUCUGUUGAUUUCUUCAGAAUCACAGUUGUGAAGACUUUUUUUUAAUAAAAAGGAUAAUAUUUUAUGUCCUGUAUGCACAGCUGACAUUGAGCUAAGGCUGCACCUUGGUGCUGUUUUGAAUACCAGGUCACUGCCUUGGCACUUCUUUUGAAGAGACUGAUGUAAAACACAAAGUUAUUGUAGCUUGUAAGAUUUGAGAUUUUCGUAGCAGUGACUAUGAAGAAUGCCAUCUUGUGGAAUGUGGUGCCGUGUAGCUAU